CACAAGAAGCCAUUCGGAAAACAUGAAAAGCGAAAACGAAGACCACCUAUAUCUAGACUAUUUCGGUCACAAUGAAGACUGUACCUACCCUCUGCACACGUCUAUAUCCUUGUUUCUGUUGGCAUAUUGUGAUUGUAAGAACUUCAGGAUAUUUUUAGUAACCCCAAAUGAAAUAACUUCUGAUAUGCAACAGAUGGAGGAAAUACUGUCAGCAUACCCAGAGAUUAGCUUCAUCAAAAGAUCUGACAUUCCUGUGAUAGUUCAAAACUGCUGUUUACCUGCUGUAGUUGAAAAGAAUGGAAGAUUUUGUCGUGCAGGGCUUGCUGUGGUAUUGCGGUAUAUAGUACAGAAAACCUAUGAGGCGGAUCCAUCAAAGAAAGGCGUUGUGGAACUCUUGGGCUUUAAAAGGACCUGUUUGAAAGCCUGUGCUGAAGCUGCCUGGAAGAAACACCAAAAUAACGUAUUACAGCUGCCUUUAGUAUUGAGCUGGUACAAAAGGGUUCUAGAAGUACCUGGAAUAAAGCAAGCCAGUGUCAAAUGCAAUAUAAAAAAUAUACUGAAUUGUCGAUCACACCCUUUACCAAAUGAAUGCCAGCAGAAUACUUUCUCAGCUUUUAAAGAGCCAGAAAACUUUCCAGAGGAAAUUCAGUUUAUAGGUGGACCAAGACCAACAAUAACAAAAUUAAUGGAAAAAGGGAUUGAAGCAAUGUUUUCUCCUCAUCCUUGCCCUAAAUGGGCUCUAGAUUGGGACAGUUUGCCUGCUGCAGUCAAUCCAGGAAAAGGAAAGAUGUCUGCUGAUCGUGCUUUGAGGAAACAGCAGCAGCUGAACAACCUAAUAGCUUUAGUGACAAAACUGUCUAAGCCUGGAGAUGUAAUUGUGGAUUUUUGCAGUGGUGGGGGCCAUGUUGGAAUUGUUCUUGCUUAUAUUUUACCACUGUGCCAGAUAAUUUUGGUUGAAAAUAAAGAACAGUCACUCCUAUGUGCCGAAAAAAGAAGUGAUGAAUUAGGAUUACAUAAUAUUUGGUUCAUCCAAGCGAACAUGGACAAUUUUAAAGGAAGUUUUAAUAUUGGGGUGGCACUGCAUGCUUGCGGUGUGGCAACGGACAUGGUUAUUGAACACUGCAUCAAAGUUGGUGCAGCAUUUGUUAUCUCUCCUUGCUGUUAUGGUUUCAUACAGAAUACAUCCAAGUUUGUAUUUCCACGAAGCCAUCUGUUCAAGAAAGUGCUGUCAUAUAAGGAGCACAUGAUUCUUUGCAGAUUCGCUGAUCAGACAGCUGUCCAGCUGCCCUCUGAACGCAGGCAAAUAGGUAAACAGUGCAUGGGACUGGUGGACCUUGACCGGGCUUGGAGUGUGGAAAGAAGCAACUACUCAGCCCAAGUGAUAACCAUGGAACCACAGUCAUGUUCCCCAAAGAAUAAUUUGAUAACUGGUAUCCCAGUUUAAUUCAAAGGUUUUUCUGUCAAGUUGAAUUGAUAUUUAGUUCUCUUGAUCAAAGUGCAAAUAACUUUUUGAAGACUGGAAAGGAAACACUGUACAUCUUGAAUCAGUUGUCUCCAGAAAAAGGAAGGAAACGCAGUAGGGGGUAUCUUGCAAAGCUUCCUAAUUCCUGUUUGAAAUAUGUGUUUAAAUGACAUCUGGCUCUCCCAAAAUGUUAAGCAGUCUACAUUAUAAUAGCAACCAAUAUAUCCUUGGAAGAAUGAUUUCCUUUUCUAUGAAAAUUGGUCUUGACAUUGGGAAACGUAUUUUGCAAGUGUUUUGGGCUUAUCAGUAUUGAACUAGAGAACAAAUCAUAGUAUCUUCUUUUCAAUAUUUUACAAUUAUAUUUUGUUGUGCUCAGUUACAACUGUAUUGCUGUAAAUACAAAGUAUCACUUUGCUCAAAUAUUUUAAUUUUUUUUAGAAAAGUAUAUUCUAAAUUAAAAAAAAUCUCACAUUGCAGUCAACGUGUGAUCGCUGUGCGGUCAACAUCCAUGUGGUUUUCUUGAUAUCUAUAUGAGUGUGGUUUGAUUAUUUGCAUUUUCCUACCCUAGCUUAAGGGUUUUUAUAUUUUGGGUAAUUUCCCAUUAAAAGUACUAACUAGGUCCACUCUUUCUUAGCCUAUUUCAAGAUAGCCAAGGUCAUCUAGGGAAUGCUUCAGGUCAAACUCACCACUGUAUUUACAGUAUAUAAUUUACAAGUAGAUUUAUACAUUAACUUUGAUUACUGUCCUUUGUAGGACAAAGCAGAUUUGAAAGGAAUUCUUUAAAUGUGCGUAUGUACGUUUACCUGUUUUUUCUGCAACUCUUUAUCUUCCUUCAGUGAGAGGAUCCUUUAAUCUUUCCCUGUGAGGAUUAUGUUCCAUGUUUUGAUUUGGCCACAUGAAUGCUGGGGAGGAAGAGGAUAGGGAAAAGAAAACAACUGUGGGAAUGACAGUUACAGUAGAAAAAAGCCACAUGCCUAUACUUCAUUUCUUUUCUUUUUUUUAGAUUUGUUUCUCUAGGAAAACUGAUUGUUGGUAUUUUGAGAUAUGCGGUCAUGUGUACGUUACAGUUUGGUCCUCCUGAAUAAACACUGGAAUAGCA